UGCGAGGUGUGCGGCGCGGCCGAGGGCGCCGAGUGCGGCCCGCAGGAGGGUCCGUGUGGCGAGGGGCUGCAGUGCGUAGUGCCCUUCGGGGUGCCCGCCUCGGCCACUGUGCGGCGGCGCGCGCAGGCCGGCCUCUGCGUGUGCGCCAGCAGCGAGCCGGUGUGCGGCAGCGACGGCAGCACCUAUGCCAACCUGUGCCAGCUGCGUACUGCCAGCCGCCGCGCCGAGAGGCAGCGCCAGCCGCCGGUCAUCGUCCUGCAGCGCGGCUCCUGCGGCCAAGGGCAGGAAGAUCCCAACAGCUUGCGUCACAAAUACAACUUCAUUGCCGACGUGGUGGAGAAGAUCGCUCCGGCUGUGGUUCACAUUGAAUUGUUUCGCAAGCUUCCUUUUUCUAAGAGGGAGGUGCCUGUGGCUAGCGGGUCUGGGUUCAUCGUGUCUGAAGAUGGGCUGAUAGUGACCAACGCCCACGUGGUGACCAACAAGCACCGGGUCAAAGUGGAGCUGAAGAACGGUGCCACCUACGAAGCCAAAAUCAAGGAUGUGGAUGAGAAGGCGGACAUUGCACUCAUCAAAAUCGACCACCAGGGCAAGCUGCCCGUCCUGCUGCUGGGCCGCUCCUCGGAGCUGCGGCCGGGGGAGUUUGUGGUCGCCAUUGGAAGCCCCUUUUCCCUUCAAAACACGGUCACCACUGGGAUUGUCAGCACGACCCAGCGAGGUGGCAAGGAGCUUGGACUUCGGAACUCAGACAUGGACUACAUCCAGACAGAUGCCAUUAUCAACUAUGGAAACUCGGGAGGCCCAUUGGUAAACCUGGAUGGUGAAGUGAUCGGGAUUAACACUCUGAAAGUGACUGCUGGAAUCUCCUUUGCAAUCCCGUCAGAUAAAAUCAAAAAGUUCCUCACUGAGUCCCAUGACAGACAGGCCAAAGGUAAAGCCGUCACCAAGAAGAAAUACAUCGGUAUCCGCAUGAUGUCGCUCACAUCCAGCAAGGCCAAAGAGCUGAAGGACCGCCACCGAGACUUCCCAGAUGUGCUCUCGGGAGCGUAUAUCAUUGAAGUAAUUCCUGAUACCCCAGCAGAAGCUGGUGGCCUCAAGGAAAACGAUGUCAUAAUCAGUAUCAAUGGACAGUCAGUGGACUCUGCCAAUGACGUCAGCGACAUCAUUAAAAAGGAAAGCACUCUGAACAUGGUGGUCCGCAGGGGCAAUGAAGACAUUAUGAUUACAGUGAUUCCCGAAGAAAUUGACCCGUAGGCAGAGGCAUGAGCUGGACUUCAUGUUUCCCUCAAAGACCCUCCAGUGGACGACGCGUGAAGACUCUGGGCUGGUGGCACAGGACACCCAAGACUUUUGACCACCAUUUUGCUUGUUCAUUGGAGACGUUCUCAACAGAAUCCCUUCUUGGUAGUUUGCGGGCAAAACAAAUGUAAUGCUGCAGCUCCGCUGGCCGAAACUCUCUCCUUCUGUAGCCUAUGUAUGCAGUGUGCUUUUCUCGCCAGCUUGGUCUGCUCCUGCUUAGACGGUCAACCUUUGUCUCCUCCUUUAACCCAGGCAUCGUCUUAGUCCAACUAAUGCAAUUGAUAUGAGACGUGGGUAAGAGGAAGGGCCCACGGGAGCCGGAAUGGUACUGGGCAUGUUUCUGCGUUUCCCAGAGUCGGCACUGAGAGGAGAUUGAUGCAUGGAGACCCUGGGCUGGCUUCCAAUGAGGUCAAAGUUGCCUCUUUCAAGAAUCUCUUCAGAAUCAAGGAGCACGAUGACCUUUGAGUUUGAGCUAUUAAAAUACUUCUUCAUACAUUG